UCUGGCACCCAGUGCCUCGCAGCCACGCCGGGCGCGCACUCACACUCCCUCUCGGCGCGCGGCUGCCGGGCGCGAUGGACACGGCGCUGCUCUACGGCCUGCUGGAGGCCAACUGCAGCCUGGCGCUGGUCGAAGAGCUGCUCUUGGACGGCUGGGGGCUGCCCCCGGACCCCGAGGGUCCCUACUCCUACUGCAACACGACCUUGGACCAGAUCGGGACGUGCUGGCCCCGGAGCGCGGCCGGAGCCCUGGUGGAGAGGCCGUGUCCUGAGUACUUCAACGGCGUCAAGUACAACACGACCCGCAAUGCCUACCGAGAGUGCUUGGAGAAUGGGACGUGGGCUUCACGGAUCAACUACUCGCAGUGCGAGCCCAUUUUGGAUGAUAAGCAGAGGAAGUAUGACCUGCACUACCGCAUCGCCCUUGUUGUCAACUACCUGGGUCACUGCGUUUCUGUGGCUGCCCUCGUGGCCGCCUUCCUGCUUUUCCUGGUCCUGCGGAGUAUCCGCUGUCUGCGGAACGUGAUACACUGGAAUCUGAUCACCACCUUCAUCCUGCGCAACGUCGUGUGGUUCCUGCUGCAGCUCAUCGACCAUGAAGUGCAUGAGAGCAAUGAGGUCUGGUGUCGCUGCGUCACCACCAUCUUUAACUACUUCGUGGUGACCAACUUCUUCUGGAUGUUCGUGGAGGGCUGCUACCUGCACACGGCCGUCGUCAUGACCUACUCCACCGAGCGCCUGCGCAAAUGGCUCUUCCUCUUCAUCGGAUGGUGCAUCCCCUGCCCCAUCAUCAUUGCCUGGGCCAUUGGCAAACUCUACUAUGAAAAUGAACAGUGCUGGUUUGGCAAGGAGCCCGGUGACCUGGUGGACUAUAUUUACCAAGGCCCCAUCAUCCUCGUGCUCCUGAUCAAUUUUGUAUUUCUUUUCAACAUCGUCAGGAUCCUAAUGACAAAACUGCGAGCAUCUACCACGUCAGAGACGAUCCAGUAUAGGAAGGCGGUGAAGGCCACCCUCGUCCUCCUUCCCCUGCUGGGCAUCACCUACAUGCUCUUCUUCGUCAACCCUGGGGAGGACGACCUGUCGCAGAUCGUGUUCAUCUAUUUCAACUCCUUCCUGCAGUCGUUCCAGGGUUUCUUUGUGUCUGUCUUCUACUGCUUCUUCAAUGGAGAGGUGCGCUCGGCCGUGAGGAAGAGGUGGCACCGCUGGCAGGACCAUCACUCCCUCCGAGUGCCCGUGGCCCGGGCCAUGUCCAUCCCCACGUCGCCCACACGGAUCAGCUUCCACAGCAUCAAGCAGACGGCUGCCCUGUGACCCCUCCGUCACCCCGCUCACUCAUCACUCCACCAUCAGGACAGCUUCCCUCUCCUCAGGGGCGCCUUUCUCUGGGUUCACUUUGCCACUUUGCCGCUCAGGCCCUGGUGGGGGUGGAAGGGAGGGAGA